UUGUGCAAGGGAGGGAGAGAAAAAUUGUCCAAGUAUUUAAUAAGUUUAGGUUUUCUGGAAUUUGUUGUCGUUACGUUGAUACGCCUGGGGAUCUUUGUUUUAAAUGACUGAUUAAGAAAGCAUCUGAAGACUCUAUUUUGAUUGCAACAUAAAAGUAGAAUGGAGCUCUCUUGCUUCCCUUGCUGGGUCGUUCUCCUUCAUGUCCUUGGCAUCAUUAUCUUGGCAGACUCUGGAAUGGCCAGAAAUAUCAACUUUCACAACUUUUCCCCACCAGUCGAUCCAACCCCCUUCCCAAACAGCUUCAAGUGUUUCACUUGUGACCACGCAACAGACAAUUACUAUUGCAACCGAUGGGCAGAGGAUAAAUGGUGCCCCCAAUAUACAAAUUACUGCAUGACGGUGCAUCACUUUACCAGCCAGGGCAGGAGCAAGUCUGUCACCAAAAGAUGUGCCGUGAAGGAAGAUUGCCACGCGGUGGGUUGCCGCCACCACAGGGACACUGGGCACACGGAAUGUAUCUCUUGCUGUGAGGGGAUGGUGUGCAAUGUGGAGGUCCCUACAAAUCACACAAAUGCAGUGUUUGUCAUCAAGCAGUCUCGGAGCUCCUCGGGGGACAAGGGUAGGACGUUGAGCUCAGCAGCUUUCUCACUAACAUUUCUGACUGCUUUGCUGCUGUUGUGACAUGUAUGAGACAUCUUGAGUCCACAAGAACAAGGAGAAGUAUCUUCAGUGCGUGCAAACCUCUCCAAGAAGAAACUACUGUAUGAAAGAAAACUUUUGGCAUGGUGUGUAAUGUAUGGACUGCUGGAUCAUUACAUGCUUAUACAGAGCCUUAUCAGGGCUGCAUCCAGGAAAAAUGACCACUGAAGGAUACAAACUAGCUAUUAACCAAGGAGUUACAAUACCCAAGUGAUUGAAGUUGAAAAUGUCAACUAAUCGUAUUUGGCCUCGCGGCGGGUCUUACAUUUGUUACUCAGCACGUUAACAAUUCAUGGCUGCUAUUUUAGAUAAAUUCUAUUCAUUUUACAAGUCGUCUUGAAGCCUUGGGUGUCAGGAGCUUAUUACCAACAUAUACAGUAACAUAAGAGACACUGGAUUACUCAUCCAAUGAUAGGAAGCUGAGUCCAGCAAAAUGUAGCAUGUGAAGACUGAUGGACUGGUUGCUAUGGAGGACUUCUGGACUUGAUGCACAUUUCUUCAAAUUACUUUUUCUGCACUUUCCUCAAAGUUAUUUAUUUACUAUCUGAGGAAUCAACGACCCCAUCCAUUAUGAAAACUGUAGAUGGUGCAUCUACUUCUGUAAUUGACAAUUGCUUUUG